UUUCCAAUAAAUAAAAAAUAAUAAUAAUAAAUUAAUAAUUGUAAUAAUACAUAUACUCUAUGACCAACUUAUAUAAAAUAGUUUCUCAACUCUUUCCCCAAAACAUAAUUAUUAUUCCAAAAUCACCUUCUUCAAGAAGUCGCAACUUUAUUUUUUUUCUCCCACACCUUCUAAUUCAAGCUCCAUAACUAUGGAGCUAACCGCAAAAAACAAUAAAAAAAUCAGGAAUACGGUAAUCCUAAUCGGGACAGCGUUAAUCUUGAUUACAGUCAUCCGCCUCAACUAUCCAUUAUUGCAACAGAGUCCUUCUCUGUCGAGCUACAAGGAAUAUUCCUCGGUGGUUCAUGCAGGACGAGACAUUAAGCUAACGAAUAAUCAAGAGGAAUGCGAUAUCUUCACGGGCGAAUGGGUACGGAAUACGGACGCUCCGUAUUACACGAACAAGACGUGUUGGGCCAUCCACGAGCACCAAAACUGCAUGAAAUACGGGCGGCCCGAUUCGGAUUUCCUCAAGUGGAAGUGGAAGCCCGACGGGUGCGAAUUGCCCGUUAUGAACCCGUAUCAGUUCUUGGAUAUGGCCCGGGAUAAGACAAUCGCCUUCGUUGGUGAUUCUGUUGGGAGGAACCAAAUGCAGUCCAUGAUUUGCCUUCUAUCCCGGGUGGAAUACCCAAUUGAUGUGUCACCAACUACGGAUGAGCACUUCAAGCGGUGGACAUACGUGAAUUACAAUUUUACCCUCGCCUACUUUUGGACGCCGUUUCUGGUAAGAUCCGACGAACGAGACUCCGACGGCCCGACCCACACCGGAAUCUUCAACCUCUACCUCGACGAGUUCGACGAGUCGUGGACGAGUGAAAUCGACGAGUUCGACUACGUCAUCCUCAACGCAGGCCACUGGUUCACCCGCACCGCCGUCUACUACGAGAACCGCCGCAUCGUCGGGUGCCGCUUCUGCCAGAUCCCCAACAUCACCGACCUCCCCAUGACCUACGGCUACCGCCGCGUAUUCCGGACGGCGCUGAGGGCGAUAAACGGCCGGAAAAACUUCAACGGCGUGGUGUUCCUCCGGACGUUCGCGCCGUCGCACUUCGAGAACGGGAUGUGGAACGAAGGAGGCAACUGCCUGCGGCGGCGGCCGUACCGGAGCAACGAGACGAUCCUGGAAGGUCUGAAUUUGGAUUUCUACAUGAUUCAGUUGGAGGAAUUUAGGGCUGCGCAGAGAGAGGGGAAGAAGAAAUUCAGGCUGCUGGACACAACGCAGGCGAUGCUAUUGAGACCCGACGGGCACCCGAGUAGAUAUGGGCAUUGGCCCGAAGAGAAAGUGACGCUGUAUAAUGACUGCGUGCAUUGGUGCUUACCCGGGCCCAUUGAUUCAUGGGCCGAUUUUUUGGCCCAUAUGUUGAAGAUGGAGGCCCGAAAAACCUCCACUGAGAGACCAUUUCAACGACAAAAGAAAAUGCAUUGAAUUUCUUUUUUUAAUUGUUUUGGGGGAAAUUAUAUUAUUUAAAAAAUGUAUUUAAUAUAGUGGUUUUUGGUUAAUGUCUACGAAAUCUCUCUUAUUUUACCAGCUUCAUUACGAAAUUGAAAAUAAUUUUUCUAUGUUUAUAGA